AUGCAGCGGUUUUGGAUAUCGCGUUUAUCAAUUUCAAACUUUUUAAGAGUGCCAAAGUUGAGGAAACAAUCUUUGAAUUCAUGGUCUGCUGUUCAGGACACCUAUUAUUCCACCAAGGAAAUUUUUGAGAGGCAUAGGGUGGUGUUUACCAUCUCUACUUCUAUUGCAUCAAUUGCUACAGCAUGGGCUGGUUAUACUAUACGUCACCUUCAUGAAUCAAGAGUUGAGCAAAAGCUUGAAACAAUUGAGAAAGCUAUGAAAAGCAAUUAUCAAAUUGAAGACCCUGAAUUUAAAAGGCUCGUUUCCAAUACCGUCAGUUUUCCCGCUUGUGUUGCAACUGCUGGAACGACUUUAAUUAUAGGGUAUGGCUUGGGUUGGCUUGGAGGAAAAUGGUAUGCUAACCGAAAGUUUAGAAAGGAACAAAUGAAAUUGCUCGGGCAAAUAAAGCCUAAAAAGUGGCCACUCAGGUUCUUAAGAAGACCACUAUCACGACCUAAAUUGCCGGAAAGUGCUACGAAAACCUCGGUAAUUUUGCAAAAGGAUACUUCUGUUGCACAGUGCCCAGGACGCACCAAUCCUGCUUGUUGA